UCUUCUCUAGUGAACAAACACAAACCCUGGAUUGAGACGUCGUACCAUGGAAUCAUAACUGAAAACAACGACACUGUGAUUUUGGACCCUCCCCUGGUUGCUUUGGAUAAAGAUGCACCUGUUCCCUUUGCAGGUGAAAUCUGUGCUUUUAAAAUCCAUGGGCAAGAAAUGCCCUUCGAGGCCGUGGUGCUGAACAAGACAUCUGGAGAAGGUCGGCUUCGAGCAAGGAGUCCCAUUGACUGUGAGCUGCAGAAGGAAUACACAUUCAUCAUCCAGGCCUAUGACUGUGGGUCAGGACCAGCUGGAACAAACUGGAAGAAAUCUCACAAGGCAGUAGUCCAUAUCCAGGUGAAGGAUGUCAAUGAGUUCUCCCCAGCUUUCAAGGAGAGCGUGUACAAGGCCUCGGUGACAGAGGGGAAGAUCUAUGACAGCAUCCUGCAGGUGGAAGCCACAGAUGAGGACUGCUCCCCCCAGUACAGCCAGAUCUGCAACUACGAGAUUGUCACCACAGAUGUGCCCUUUGCCAUCGACAGGAACGGUAACAUCAGGAACACCGAGAAGCUGAGCUAUGAUAAACAGCACCAGUAUGAGAUAAUGGUGACAGCUUUUGACUGUGGCCAGAAACAUGCAACAGAAGAUGUCUUGGUACGAGUUAAUGUCAAACCUGUGUGCAAACCAGGCUGGCAAGACUGGAACAAACGGAUUGAAUACAGGCCGGGCUCUGGCAGCAUACCCCUGUUUCCCAGCAUCCACCUGGAAACGUGUGAUGGACCAGUGUCCUCAAUCCACAGCACCAUCGAACUGCAGACCAGCUACAUCGGAAAGGGCUGUGAUCGUGAAACCUACUCUGAAAAAUCUCUGCAGAAAUUAUGUGGAGCUUCCUCAGGUGCCAUUGACCUGUUACCAUCUCCCAGUACAACGACCAACUGGACAGCUGGGCUCCUCAUGGAUAACAAUGACAUCAUUUUUAAAUUUGAUGGAAAGCAAGGAGCCAAAAUCCCAGAUGGAAUAGUCCCGAAAAAUUUAACUGAUCAAUUCACCAUCACUCUGUGGAUGAAACAUGGACCAAGUCCUGGAUUAAGAGCUGAGAAGGAGACUAUUCUCUGCAACUCUGACAAGACUGAGAUGAACCGGCACCACUACGCGCUGUACGUGCACAACUGCCGCCUCGUGUUCCUGCUGCGCAAGGACUUCGACCUGGCUGACACCUUCCGCCCCGCGGAGUUCCACUGGAAGCUCGACCAGAUCUGUGACAAGGAGUGGCACUACUACGUGGUCAACGUGGAGUUCCCCGUGGUGACGCUGUACAUGGACGGGACAACAUACGAGCCCUACCUGGUGACCAACGACUGGCCCAUCCACCCCUCCCACAUCGCCAUGCAGCUCACAGUGGGGGCUUGCUGGCAAGGAGGUGAAGUCACCAAGCCCAGGUUUGCUCAGUAUUUCCAUGGCAGCCUGGCCAGUCUGACAAUCCGGCCAGGGAAAAUUGAAAGUCAGAAAGUGAUUUCCUGUUUGCAGGCCUGCAAGGAAGGUCUCGAUAUUAAUUCUCUUGAGAGUCUUGGCCAAGGAAUAAAGUAUCACUUCAACCCUUCCCAGUCAGUCCUUGUCAUGGAAGGAGAUGACAUUAAGAAUAUAAAUCAAGCCCUCCGAAAAGUCUCAUACAUCAACUCCAGACAGUUUCCUACUGCAGGCGUACGACGUCUCAAAGUGUCAUCUAAAGUCCAAUGUUUUGGUGAAGAUGUCUGCAUUAGUAUCCCAGAUAUAGAUGCGUAUAUAAUGGUGUUUCAGGCCAAUGAGCCCAAGAUUACCAUAACUGGGAUGGACCACUUUGCUAGACCAGCUGCACAGUUUGAAAGUGAAAGAGGUGUUAUUUUGUUACCUGACAUCAGGAUUGUCAGCACAGUCACUAAAAUGGAGCAUUCAGUGGACUUCAAAGAACAUGACAGAGUCAAUAAGCAACUGGUAGUAGAGGAAAUGCUCCACAACUUGGAUUUCUGUGAUGUUUUGGUCAUUGGUGCAGAACUAGACCCUGAACAAGAGUGUUUAGAACUAGAUAAUGAGGAGCUUCAAGGAAAACAUCUAGAUGCCACAAAUUCCACUGCAGGAUAUUCAAUCUAUGGUGUGGACAGCACGUUCAGCUAUGAGCAGGUGCUGCGGCAGCUCCGCUACCGCAACUGGGGCACCUCGGCCACCUCGGACAGGAAGUUCAGGGUCAAGUGCUCCGAGCUCAAUGGGCGUUACACCAGCAACGAGUUCAACCUGGAGGUUAAUAUUCUACACAGUUCCAACUCCAACUUCAUGGACCAUGUAAAUCACAUGAUAGUUCAGCCUCAAUUUCUCCAAUCUGUUCAGCACCCUGAGGGGAGUGUAAGUGCAGUUCACAGCUCAGUGGUUCCCAGUGUGGCCACGAUGGUGAUCAUCAUCUGUGUGAGUGUGCUGGUGUUGGUGGUAACGCUGGGCGUAUUCCGGCUGCGCACGGCCCAUCCGCGCAGCGCCACGGGCCACGAGGGAGCCAAGGACAGCGACAUGGACUGGGAUGACUCUGCCCUCACCAUCACUGUCAACCCCAUGGAGAAAUAUGAAAAGCCACACCAGACAGAAGAAGAGAGUGAGGAAGAAGACAUAGACGAUGAAGAGGAAGACACAACCAGUGCUGAAUCAGAUGACAGUGAAGAGGAUGAAGAGGAGGAGGAAGUGAUUGUCGAAAAGGGAGACAAACAGAAUUCCACCAGGCAAGAGCAGUUGGAGUGGGAUGAUUCAACACUCCCCUACUAACAAACAGCCCUCCAGCCACAGCUCUUUUGUAAUAACCAAUACAGUGUUUUUCAGAGUCUAUGACAUUGACAGGAUUUGAACUUCUGCUUGCUUAUAACUGUUUUGCCUAAAAUGAUCUUGUUGUAGUAAUUGAUAAUGAUAGAACUGGCCCUUUUCUUAUAAAGCCUGGGGAAAAAAUGGUACAAACCUCCUGGCACACACAGUAGUAAAGUAAUCCAGAACUUCAUCUGUUAGCAAGCAUAGUUCUCAAUUUCCUCUUUCUACCCUGCAGAUGUGUGACAAAAUUCCUGUCACUCGAUCCAUAGAAGUUUUUGCCUUUGCUACUUUUUUCACACAGGAGAGAUUUUAGCUUGUUAUGAAAAAUAACUUCUGUGGAUCCACAUACCAGUUGCCAUCUAACUUCACAUUCUUACAGGUGUAAAAAACAUAAUCCACCUCCAAACUGGGGCAGGGCUUUAGUGCUGCAGGGGCUGAUUUCCAUCUGUCAUCUCGUCCUGCCUUUUGGAUGUUAACUGUCUUCUACAGUGGAAUAUCUAGGACUUUACAGGGGAUGCAUGUGUGCCUAUGUAGACGUGGAUGGUGUAUUUUUUCAGGCAUGCUUUCAGACCCUCAAGAGAGAGAUUUUUAUCCAACCUACUGAUAGAAAUUAAAAACGAGUUUUAAAAAAACAGCAACAAGAAGGGGCUGCUGAAGGUUACCAAAAACACCCCAGUUUGUUUUGUGUCCACAGAUUGAGUAAUACGGUCUUAUGCAAACUGUAAAUUCUAAUGGGAUUGAUUCGCUGAAAAUCUGUAGAGCUGCUCAUUAGUUAUGGACUGAGCAAUUUGCAGCAAAUCGAUGCUUUAAACCGUCUGUCUCAUGGAAUCAUUAGCUUGCUGCAGCAUCUUACUGAACUAGUGGAAAAUAAGUGACCCCAUUAUUCCAUAGCUAUAUAUGGCUGGGAUUUAAACAAUCAUUUUAGAUGAGGAAAAUGUUACCUUUUGCUUAGUGAAUGCCAGCUGGAAUUCCUGUCUGACUGUAUUCUAUAAAAACACGAUGCCCUAUUUCUUUGGUACCCCUGCCUGCCUGUAGUGCACAAGAGAAAGGAACAACACUGUGAGCCCUCUUCUGUGCUCAUAAUUCUCCCUUAUUUCUUCUUCCUGAAGUCAUUAGUGUUGAGAGAAGGUUUUAUAAAGUAGACAAGGAAAAAUAUAACCUACACAGAACCAAAAUAGUUGAAAACGAAAACUAAAAUCUUAAGAGGUUGAGAGAGUAUUUUAGUUUGUUAUGGUAACACAGCAUAUUUUUCUUAAACACUGUUUAAAAAGAAAAAAAACAAAAAAGACAAAGCAGAGAUAGGUAUAGAACAUGUUGAUAAGUCCGUGUGAUGUGUUUUUUGUCCCCUUUCCUGAAGUACCUUGGCCUCUUCUACUGCUCUGUUCACCAAAUGCUGCAGUACUUGCUGGGGUAGCUGCUCCAAUGCAUAGGAACAAAAUGACAUGGAAGUCAUUGGAAUGCUGCUUAGUGGCUUGUCCGGGCUGUUUUACUGAGUACUUUGUUUUCUUUGCAACUUCACCUUUGACUUUUGCUUUUGCAAUCUGCUGUUUAAAAUGAGCUGCUUCCUCCUCUCCACCCUCCUAGUCAGUCUUGACACAGCAGGACCUUCCUGAGCACCCUGAAUGGUGGCUAAUGUUGCAAAGGGUACUUGGAGCAAUCCUGAGGGUAUCCACCUCCCUCAAUACUGGAUUAUUAACAGCUGGAUUAUUAAAUGAAUGUCAUGGAAUAUAGGGAAUAUAUAGUGUGUUGGGGGGUUCUUGUAAUUCCAGUUUCUGCAUUUGAUAGCUGAAGGGAAAUACUGACAGCAACUAGGCCUUGUAGUUGAAUAACUAGAAAGUAAAUGAAAGAAAAAUCUAUAUUAAUUUUAAAAUUAGAGCUAUUCAUGCUUUUAUUUGUUGUGCCAGCAAUCACAUUGUCACAUGGUUGUUAAGAUUGGCAACACAGCGGUUUUCUUUUGUUCUCAAUCCUGUUUCAUUUUAUUGUCUCACACAUAUUAAACUUAAAAGAAUAUUUGCAGAAUAAAGGCCAUAUAAGUACAUUUUAUCUGCAGGAACAACAGCUGCAAAAAUCUCCACAAUUUCUGUUUAAGAUGAAAUUAAUAUUAGUGUUUCUGAAUAUCUUGAACAAAAAUGUUAUGUUAGAUCCUAACAUCUAACCUACCAUCCCAGUAUCCUAGAUAAUUUCCUACUUUUAAUUUUCUUAGUGACAUGAAGCAGGCUCUUCAUGAUGCUUGUUAUCAGCACAUAUCAGCAAAUCUUCUGCUCAGAAAAAAAAAGAUUUAAAAUUAA